AGAGGGUCUUCAACUUCUGUGAAAUUGCCCAAGUCUAGAGGCAGAAAAGACUAUGGAGUUUCCGUUGAGCCGCCAGUCAAAUCCAUAAUAUAGUACAUUGUAUGUUGGUGAAUCAUCAAAAGCCAUGCUAACUCAACUAGUAAAGUGGUUGCAUUUUAAGCAGAGAUCUUUCCCAACUUGUAGAAAUGUGGUGUAGAGUCGGCAACUCUUAUACAUGAUUUUUAUUCUCAAGCUUAAUGAUGGUUCACACAAAGAGCUUUCAUUGAUGUAUCAGAUGGGUCUGAGAUGGUGGGGAAUGGUAUGGAAGUACUGGGUUUGGGAAUGAAGAUGUUCUCCAUAGAAAGCUAAUUAGUUUUUAGGACAAUAUCACAGAUUCUGUCGAGUUGUCUUGGACAUUAAUAAAUAAUCACUCACUGGCUUCUUUCGAGAGCCUCGUGGGUCCGCAUCCAUCAAUUUGUCCAUACAGUUUUUUUUUUUUUAUCAAUCGUCUUUGAACCUAAAUCAUGGCGUAUAGAAGAAGGCAGGGGAUCGGAAAGUUUGCGACUUUCAAGGAGGAGGUUGAUCGGCUUCCCCCGGAAAGCAUCACCGCCGUCAAGGAUAGAUCACCGCCAGCUCGAUCCUCCCCUGCUUUUGACCAACCCAGAUCUAAGAAUUUUACGACCGAGCCAAAGGGCUUGUGGGGAGUCAUAGCCCAGAAAGCAAAAUCUGUUAUUGAAGAUGAUAAAUCUAGUGAUCGCUCUACAACAGCUUCUCAGUCCCGGUUUUCAUACCUAUCAGAUGAAGGGUUCAAGAAAAUGGACAAUCCCAAGCUUCGGAGGGGGCUGGAUAAGCUUACAUCUUCUCUUAAUCAGAUCGGUGACACUUUUGAAAAAGCCUUUGAGGAUGGCCGAACACUCGUUGAGAACAAAACAGCUGAUAUCAUCCAGGAAACACGAAAACUUCAAACCAGACGAAGAGGAACUGGUGGUGAAGAUGAGAAUCAGAAUCAAUCUUAUGGAGUUAGUAGCUCAUGGAAGAAGUCUCCAGAGCAGCCAAUGCAGUUAAAUCAUAUAGAACAUGAAACUCAACUCAAGGCAUCUCGCGAUGUGGCGAUGGCCACUGCUGCUAAAGCUAAACUACUCCUCCGUGAGCUGAAAACUGUCAAAGCAGAUCUUGCAUUUGCGAAAGAGCGUUGUGCUCAGCUUGAGGAAGAGAACAAACAUCUGAGAGAGAGCCACCGUGAGAAAGGAAGCAACCCUGCAGACGAAGAUUUGAUUCGACUCCAGCUGGAGAGCCUACUGGCAGAGAAAGCACGGUUGGCUCAUGAAAAUUCUGUGUAUGCGAGGGAAAACCGGUUCUUGAGGGAGAUAGUUGAAUACCACCAGCUUACGAUGCAGGACGUUGUGUACAUAGACGAGGGCAGUGAAGAGGUGACACAAGUUUCCCCUUUCGUAUCGACGUUGAUGACUUCUUCACCCGCUGACCGUUCACAGUCUCCUCCUAGUCAAGAGAUGAUUAAAGAGAUGCUUGUGGUUGCUGAAGAGAGCUCUGUGUGUGCAAGUGUGGUUUCAGUUUCUUGAAUUCAUUAUUAUUAAUUAUUUCUUCUUGAAUGAAAUCAGAUUGUUUUUUGCAACGGAAUAUAAAAGGCGAUUUCAUUCAUAUUAACAAAUGACAUAGUAUGAACAUCUU